CAGUCUGAAGAAGGGUCUCGACCUGAAACAUCACCCAUUCCUUCUCUCCACAGAUGCUGCCUGUCCCGCUGAGUUACUCCAGCAUUUUGUGUCUAUCUUCCGUGUAAACCAGUAUCUGCAGUUCCUUCCUACACACACUGGACAUUGCCUCCUGCUCCCAAAUCACACCUCCCGCAUUAUUUCAUCAAUGUUGUCGCUCUCAUUCACGUAUUGACCAGAUGACCUUGUUUACAGUUUAUCCCCAUGGUGUGCCCGCCCUAUGGAGCCAAGGCCUGCAGCUUUGUAUCCUUUUCAAUUCAGAGGGUGGGUUUUCCACCUGAAACGCUGGCUCGGUUCCUUCUCCCCCCCACAGACGCGGCACGAUUUGCUGGAUAUUGUCAGCGUUUUUUUGUUUUUGUUUUACUGUGUUCCACAAUUGUUUAAAAUGAACUUUUCGCCAGUUGCAAAGAAGACGGGAGGCCAGAUGGUGUCUCUCCUGCUUACACGCCACCUCCGUUUCUAACAAAACAGACGAGCAAUCAGUUUGGAUGAUUGCCAGCACAGAUUACACCCAAUACCACAGGCUUUAGAAAUACACGGAAAAGGGGACAAAUUGUACAUUAUUUUGACAGUAAAACGUGGAAAAAGAGAUUAAAACACACAUGUUUGUGUAUGUAUGUAUGCCAUUUGCGAGGGGGUGUUCGUUAUUUGAAGGCAGCAGUGUGAUCUGCUGGCAAUUGGCCGGGAGGGCUAAUUAGACGGCGAGUUACAGGCAGCAACACAUUCAUAUGAGUUUAUUCUCCAUCACCCCUCCCCCAAUAAAGCCGGUAAAAGCUUCCGACGAAAAUUAUUAUUAUGUGUAGGUAAAGUAACUACCAAACAAGCAGGCCAACUAGUAUAAUAUUAUUCUGCCUCCAGGGCUGCUUUGGCCUUAUUGAUUAAUGCAUCAUUUUGCAACGUGCAAGUCACCACACACACACACACACACACACACACACACUCCAUUCAAAGCUUGUUUAUGCAAUCGACGAGUAAACCAGUCAUUAAAAGAACUAAGGUCAGAAAUAUCAUUGUACCGACCCCGGCAAUGCCACCUGAUGUCCUCAACAACAAUGUUAUCAUUUGAUGUUUGCAUCGACAGCGUUUCCUUGAAUAACAUCUUGCCGUUUAUUGGACUCUCCCAUCUAAUUGAUGCGAAGGCAGAGAGCGAACAGCUCUAGAAUCACAGAAUAUGGAUCAACUCGACAACAACAAUACUCAAUAUUAAUUGUAAAGAUGGGCUCGGUCGCUCAUUCCAGAAUACCAGCUUCGCGUUGUAUCCAUCGAUCUAUCUAUCGAUCUAUCUAUAUGUGUGCUUAUGUAUAUGUGUGUGCGUGUGUGUACAUAUAAAUACAUCGUUGAUACAAGAUGUAAGUAUAAUACCGAAUUUCCGAUGUAAAUGAUGACAGAGCUCCAUUUCCGACACAGCUAGCUGGCGCUGAUCAUUUUCUAAAUGCACAGAAGCAGGCUCGGCGUGGCUUUGAAACGGGCGAGUGUUGAGAGAUUAGCCUGCUCUCUGCAGCAGUAACAGAUCCGAGCAGUGGGAUUCUCUAAGUGUGUGUGAACGUUACGCAAGCUCCUGCGCCUCCAGUUUAUCGAGAAGGCUUGCGAGGAGCCCUGUUCCUUCCAACAGGGUUUUAUAAACAGAAGCACCAGGACUCGGGGACGGGAGAGAGUGUGUGCAUCUCCGCAGAUCCCUUGGUUCAGCAACAUCCACUCCAGACAGCUCAGAAAACACAAGCACCCUCCCUUCAGCAUUAGAGCAAUGGUGCAAGAUUGGAAAAAAACAUCAGGUCUGUUGUUUUUCUCUUGAGGUGUAGAGACGCAUUGCUGUGCCAAAAGGCGUAAUCCUAACCAACUGAACCUCAUCGCUUCUUUACAAGAUUUCCCUGCAAAUAUGCCAGCAUUUGUGAAUAAUUAUCGAAGACAGUCGGAUCCCAGAUGACUGGAUUUUGUUAGCAACCAGCCGUUGGUUCAUCUUUAGUGGAUCCAUCACGUUAUUUGAAGGCGUUGCUCGCCUUUUGUGCUUUUUUGAUUGUUUUUGUUUAAAUCCGAUUGAAUAGACCAAACGCCUUCUUUGCUCUGAAUUGUAAUCCUCAUUUCAUGCAUGUCCAGGGGUGGCAGGUUCGAUUUUGAUGAUGGAGGGUCGUAUUGUGGGGGCUGGGAGGAUGGCAAGGCCCAUGGAUAUGGCAUCUGUACCGGACCAAAGGGGCAAGGAGAGUACGCGGGCUCUUGGAGCCACGGUUUCGAGGUGGUGGGAGUAUACACCUGGCCGAGUGGCAAUACUUACCAGGGAACAUGGGCACAGGGGAAGAGACACGGCAUCGGAGUGGAAAGCAAAGGGAAAUGGGUCUACAAAGGAGAAUGGUGCCACGGAUUCAAGGGACGAUAUGGGGCGCGGGAGAGCAUUGGCACCAGAGCCAAGUAUGAGGGAACGUGGAACAACGGGCUUCAAGAUGGAUACGGAACAGAGACCUAUAGAGAUGGAGGCACCUACCAGGGACAAUGGGUGGGCGGAAUGCGACAUGGAUAUGGUGUCCGCCAGAGUGUUCCCUAUGGGAUUGCUGCUGUUAUCAGGUCUCCUCUUAGAACUUCUAUUAACUCUCUGAGAAGUGAACACAGCAAUGGCACAGCCAUGCACCCGGACACGCCAGCUGGAAGUCCUGCUGGAUGCAGGGGAGGCUUUGUUCUCACGAUGCACAGCAACAACGAGCUUCUCUCAGCCAAAAACAAAAAAAAAGGCAUCUUCCGCAGGUCCCUUUUGAGUGGACUGAAACUCCGAAAGUCCGAGUCCAAAAGCUCCCUGGCCAGCCAAAGAAGCAAGCAGAGUUCGUUUCGAAGUGAAGCUGGAAUGAGUACCGUCAGCUCCACAGCCAGCGAUAUCAACUCCACUAUUAGCUUUGGUGAGGGGGAGACAGACCUGUCAGUUAUUGAGGAUGACAUAGACGCCACCACCACGGAAAUGUAUGUCGGUGAAUGGAAGAACGACAAGCGCUCUGGCUUUGGGUUAAGCCACCGGUCUGAUGGUCUGAAAUUUGAAGGGGAGUGGCUGAGCAACAAGAGGCAUGGUUAUGGAUGUACAACAUUCCCUGACGGAACUAAAGAAGAAGGCAAAUAUAAACAGAAUGUGUUGGUGAGUGGGAAAAGGAAGAAUCUGAUUCCUCUACGGACAAGUAAGAUUCGAGACAAAGUGGAUAGGGCAGUGGAGGCAGCAGAGCGAGCUGCAGCUAUUGCCAAACAGAAAGCUGAGAUUUCUGCAUCCAGGACAUCUCACGCCAAAUCAAAAUCGGAUGUGGCUGAUACAGCUGCUCAAAAAGCUCAGGAUGAGGCCCAGCUUGCCAGGAUCACUGCCAAAGAGUUCUCACCAUCCACACAGCAACCAGGCAACGGAAUUGAGUAUCAAAGGCCAACACUCCAAAACUCAACGGAGAAUGAGAUCGACAGAAUUUCCUCAGAGAGUCUCCCACUAGAAGAGAGUCCAGAGCUCUACAGGAAAGGAACGACACCCCCGGAUCUCACUCCCGAACAUAGUCCUGUGCCAAGCCGGUCAUCCACCUCACCAUCCACCUCGCCACCAAAGUACAGGAAAAAGGGUACCAGGCUUGUCCGGCAGAUGAACAUGGAAUGUGACAAAGGGCAGGACAUUCAGAUGUUGCUGGAAGGGGGAAGGAGUGACUAUCCAAGAUCUGCCAAGUGGAAUGAGAAGCAGAGAUCGGGAACUCGUAGAGGAGGCAGCAAAGGGAGCAGCAGCUCAAACACAACGUCACUGGUUGAAGAGAUCAGGGUGAGAGGCAACGAAUGCAAGUACAACCAUAGACUCACUGACAGAAAGGGGGCCGAGUCGCCAACAUUUUCAUGGACAUCCUACCAGUUGCAUAAUCAUGAUUCCAGUAAACAGUUGCAUGAACAGGAUGAAGAAAAACUUAGUAAUUAUGAAAUGGAAAUGAAACCCCUACAACGCAUGGAUUCCUAUGUGCAAGACACAUAUUCAGAACAACACUACAAUAAACUCAGCUCCAGAAACAUGAUGGAAGAUUACCAUCCAGAUUUCCUUAGCUAUGGAGUACAGAGGCUAAAGCCCACAAUGCAAAAUAAAGAGAACUUUAUACUUAUGUCCCCCUCUGAGCCCAAUGUACAGAGGUUGGAGAACCUGAGAAUGAAUGUAAAGCUGGAGCCUCGAUCAAGGCAUGACAUUAGUACAUCACCAAACUCACAGUCAGUAAAUAUAUCUCAGUCUGAUGAAGAAACAAUGGUUCAAUAUAAAUCUAAUUCAGGCUCCAAUCCCAUUCUGGUUGCUAUGGUGAUUUUGCUAAACAUUGGUGUCGCCAUUUUGUUUAUCCACUUUUUUAUUUGAAUGCCUAUUUGUCAAUGAACUGUGUAAAAGAAAACUGAUGUACUUCAAUAUGAAAAAGUCUGAGAACGUGGUCAAGUUCUUCACAUUUUGCCUUUCCUAGAUAUCAAUACUGGAUUUUAGUCAAAGUUAAUGGCAUAAAUAAAAUAGCUCUGUGGCAUGACAGAAUGGUAAAAUAUGCUUCCCCAUCACUUCAAUGAUUUAAUAUGCAUUGUUUGAAGAGAAGAACUGUAGACAACCUAGACAAAAGGUAACAUUAUCUUAGUUUUGGCAUCAAGAAAUGAAAAGACCAUUUGGUUAUCCACGAGGAUUUACUCUGAAUGUACUCAAGAUGCUGUAGUUUACUGUAUUUUUUGUUGGUCUACUCAAGUCAAUUUUCAAAACUAUAAUGUUCUAUUGUUUAUUGUUGUGGAUACAUUCAUAAUAUUUUGAUUAAAAUGAGCUGAAGACAGUAAUUAUACCACAUUAAUCAACUCAUUAGGU